AUGCCCCGGAAUCUCCCUUGGCUCCUCGACACCACCGCAAGCAGUAAACACUCCUCCUCCUCCUCAGCAACCCGACCCCGGGCCUCCACACCGCAACCCCGUCGCGCGGGCGCGACAUCAUCAUCAUCAGCAGCAGCAGCAGCAGCAGCAUCAUCAUCAACCACGCGAAACAAUGCGCGCAAGCUGACCAGCAGCCCCCCGGGCUCCGGGGGAUCUCGCACCCGUCGACGAGACUUCCUCCGAUCCUCCCCGACACCCCCCUCAUCCCCGAUCCACCGCUGUCCAUCGGAAGAAUAUCUCAUCCCCGGCCUCCAAAAUGACGACAUCUACAUGAUGGUCGAAGACGAAUUCUACAGCGUCGCCCAGUCCUUCACCCAGCACUUGCAUUACGCCGAGUACGUGCGCCGGAAGAAGGAGGUGAAGGCGCAGCAGCGAGAACUUCUGCAGCAGCAGCAGCAACAAAGACCCACCGAUGGGGUCACCCCGCUCAGUGAGGAGAGUAGAAAGCGAAACGCCCAGGAGGAGUUGGCGGCGAGGCAGCGGGAGGGGUUGGAGACGAUGACUGCUGGGGUAAGGCCGGUCGUGAGUGGGGAUGAGGAUGAGGGUGAAGCAGAAGAUGAUGAGGCCUGGGCGGGGACUUCGUUGCAUGAGUUGAUGGUUAGUCCGAGGAAGAAUCGGUCGUUGGUCGGGGUGCAGGGGAUACGGUCGGCGACGAGGGCGGCGGCGGGGUUUGCGCAGGCCGCGGGGGGUGUUGGGAGGAGGGUUGGGGCUGGGAUUGGGGGUGCGGGUGAUGGGGGUAGCAGACAUGGGAGAGAUGAUGGGCACCAAGUUGACGACGAUCAGGACGCAACGGCGUCCGAUGAUGAGGACGAUGACCUCGAUGCGCCUGCGCAUGCGAAGACCACACCUCACCAAGUUUCGCGACGACGCCAAACGCGACGCUCUCCUCCGCUUCCAACAGAGGAAUACAACUACGCGACGAGCUCGGAUGCUUCACCCACGUCUUCAUCCUACGAAACCCCUACGGUCGAGCCAAAAUCCAAAAAAGCGCAGUCUAUGAAUGCCACUACUACUACAUAUCGUACACCAACUCCAAUUGCUAUUAAAUCCAAGAGGAGAUUAAUCUUUGAUGACUGGGACCAGCUUCCAGAGCCGCCGCCCAAGUCGAACAUCCAGGUCCAAUCCCGCAUGUCGUCGUCGUCGUCCAGUGAAGCUCCUCCUCCUCCUCCACCGCAAAAUCCACGAGGCAUUGAUCCAAAGGCGAAGAAGAAAUCGCGUCUCAACGAAGUGCCAACCUUCCUUCUCUGA